UUUCCUUCAUAACUCUGCUACUGCAACUCUCGGGAGUCAUGGCAAAAGGAGGAAAUCGGCAGAAAAAAUUCAAAGAAAACCCUAAAAAGAAAACACAAGAUGAAUAUAUCUCCGAUGAAGACGUUGUUAAUGAUGACCAUGAUGAUGAAAUCGACGCAUUUCAUAAACAAAGAGAUAUAAUUCCGUUAGAUGUUAAUGAUGAUAUGGCUGAUUCUUCUGACGAUGAAGAUACUGCAAACCCAGUCAUGGAUCUUGAGGGUCUGGAGGAUGAGGAUGAGGAUGAGGAUGAAGAUGAGGAUGAUUAUGAAGACGAGCCCAAACUUAGGGGGAUUGGUGCUAAAAUUGAAAGGAGUCUAAAGUACAUGCAAGAAAAGUUUCCGAUUGUUGAUGAUGAAAGUGAUGAAGAAGAAGAAGAAAAGGAAUUACCUUUCGGUAAUAGGCGUCACAAAGUUGAUGAAUUUUCAGAUGAUGAGGAGGGGGGUGUUGAAGAGGAGAAAGAGGUGUUGAUUUUGGAGCAAAGAAAGGCUAAGACUCUUAAAGAAGCAGACUUCAUGCCUGAUGAUAUCGAUGAGGACGAAAAUAACUCGGAUAUCGAGCCAACUUUAGAGGAAAUUUCAGUUAAGGGUAAAUAUUCGUCAAAAUUUCAUGCACAUUUAGAAACUCAAGAUGGCAAGGACAUAGCAUACGAGGAAAUAAAGAAAGAUCAUGGUGCUUUGACUAGGGAGGAACAAAUGGACGUUGUGUACAGCUCAGCCCCAGAAAUAGUUGGUUUGUUAUCUGAACUGAAUUCUGCAUAUGAUGAGCUUGAAGGAAAAGUCAACCCCUUGCUUAACAAGGUUGGUAUAAAGGAGAAUACAACCAAAGGAGGAAUGCACUAUUUGGAGGUGAAACGACUUCUGCUGUUGAGUUAUAGCCAAGCUAUUACCUUCUAUCUUCUUCUCAAGUCAGAGGGGCAUUCUGUUCGCGAGCAUCCCGUGUUAGCUCGUAUUGUUGAGAUGAAGAACCUAGUGGACAAGAUGAAGCAACUUGAUGAGAAUCUUCCCGCUAGUAUUGGAGAGAUCAUUAACCUUAAUGAAAUUGGUAUCCUCGAACACGCUGAUGCGGUCACACCUGAAGCACACAAAAAAAAUCACAGACCUUCAUCAGUUUCCGCAAAAACUCAGGAAACGUCAUUGCCUCCUGGAGCACCCGAGCCGGAUAAAGUAGACCUGUCAAAGGCUUACAUAAGCAAGGAGAAAACCAAGCAGACUGAUCAGGUUGGAAAGCAAAGCAUGGAGAUGUUGAAAAUUAGAGCUGAUCUCGAGGCAAAAUACAAACAGAAGGGUAUUAUUACUGCAACAAAGCAUGAUCAAGCUCAUAAACAUCUAACUGCACGGGUUAAUGGGCAGCUUCAAUCAUUGGAUGAUUUUGACGACGAGGUUGUUGAGAAAGAUGGACAUGCAAGUAAACGCCAGACAAGUAAACUGUCAGAACUUGUUAGAGUGAAAACGAAAAAAUCCAAGGUUGUAUCUGGGGAUGCCGAUUUGCCCAAGAGAGAUGAUAUAGGUGAAAGAAGAAGGAAGAAUGAACUCAGAGUUCUAGCAAAAGCUGGAGGUGGCUCUAUCCAUGAUGUCAAUGAUGAGGAUGAUGAUGGUGAUGUUAAUGAAGGUAAUCCAGGAGCUAGGAAGAGGCGCAGAGCUGACGUUGAUGAUGUAGAAGCAGAAGAGUCAGAAGACGAAUUUUAUAAGCAGGUGAAACAACAACGAGAUGCAAAACUUUCAGCCAAAGCCCAGUUGUAUUCAAGAACUUCAGCAUCACUGCCUCUGGCAGGAACAGAGGAAGUUGCAGAUGGAAAACGACAUAUUACUACUCAGAUGGAGAAGAAUAGAGGUCUAACUCGCCCUCGAAACAAGAGCAAGAAGAAUCCCAGGACAAAUUACAAGAACAAGCACAAUAAAGCAGUAAUGAAGCGAAAAGGACAAGUGCGAGAUGUGAAGAAGCCAAUGGGUCCUUAUGGCGGAGAAGUAUCCGGAAUCAAUGCUAAAAUUAGCAGGAGUACAAGAUUCAAGAGCUAAACCAUCCUGUUUUCUACACGUGGCGGCUGUUGUCGGUAUGUCUUCAUGCUUUUACCAGUUGGUGAGAAUGUUAGAUAAAUGCUCAUCAAAUAUGGUCCAAUUUUUGACCCAAAGCCUAUAAAGUAGUCAGCAUCAGUAGAGAGAAGCGUGGUUUUAGGAUUAGUAAGGGUCUCCACCAGCCUUAAAUCAACUGUGCACCUACAAUUUUGAUUUAGUUUUUGUAUCUCAGCCACAGUACAAGAUUCAAAAACUAACCAUCCUGCGGUUGUGAUUCUCUUUAUGCGCUCAUGCUUAUACCAUAUAGUGAGAUAAAUUAUCUAUUUCGGCCCAAUGACCGACCAGUUCCAUUCACUGUUUCCUGUAUCACUAGCUCAUGCUUAUACCAUAUAGUGAGAUAAAUUAUCUAUUUCGGCCCAAUGACCGACCAGUUCCAUUCACUGUUUCCUGUAUCA